AUGACGUUCUCGCCAGCGGCUUUGGGGAGGCUCUCGGACAAGCUAGGUCGUCGACCGCUGCUCUUGGUCUCGAUGGCUAUCAUCACUCUCGCGUAUCUGCUUCAAGCCAUUACCAACAGCUUCUGGUGGUUCGUAGUUCUUCGUAUCCUCAAUGGCUUGGCGGGUGGUGGUCGCCCAGUAGCUAUGGCCUAUGUGGCGGACACAGUGAGCAUCCCUAGCAAACAGAGGGCCUAUCUCGGCUAUAUGAAUAUGAUACCAGGAUUGUGUAUGGCAGCAGGCCCAGGCGUUGGUGGCCUUCUAUCGAUUUUAGGUUUGAGAGCUCCUUUCUAUGCGACUGCUAUGGUGGCAGCGGUGGUCACCGUUUUGAUCUUCCUAGACCUACCAGAAUCACAUCAUCCGAGGGAUAUCAUGGCUCAUCAGACGGAUGGGCCACUGCUUCAACAGUCCGCCGUGGAGAGGGUCCCAUGGCGAGCGUUUUCCGUACUCUACUUCACAGCCAUGAUGUCUGGCUUCAUCAACUCUGUGGUCAGUGUUGCAACGCCUCUGUUGCUCAAGGACAGCUUCAAUAUGACUCCUGUGCUAGCCGGAAUUACAUAUCUUGGUGAUGGCUCCAUGAUUAUACUCGGCUCCUACAUCUUUGUCUUCCUCAGUGGUCGGGCUGGUCACAGCGCCAUUGCAGUGGUCACCGCUUCUAUCGCAAUGUAUGGCCUCACCAGUUUACUCCUGCCUCUGAUAUUCGGAUAUCCUUGGAUCUUUCUCGCUAUCAAAUGGGUGUUGUUGGGGAUCACCACUUCUUCUAUCUACAGUGCCUUGCCGGGAAUUGUAGUUGUUUUGGCGCCGCAUAUCAGGAAGGGCGAGAUGAUGGGCUACAUGUCUUUCUCCCAAGGCAUCGGCCGUCUUGUCGGUACAGGCUUAGCUGGACCCUCCUACGACCUCGGCGAAGCAGUACCGUUUCUCCUGGGGGCAGCAGGCGCCCUGCUUGCUGCUGGUGCUUGCACUACUCUUCAGUGUUGUGACCUGAUAGGAGUUAACCGUGGACCCAUCAAAGCUGUCCCACAGAGGUGA